GACUGUCAGAGAACAGUGAGUGUGUGUAGAGAUCUGUGCUAAGGACUUUGUCAGUGAGUUUGUCUAGAUGUCUGUCUGUUUCUGCCUGUGUGAUCCCGACUCCAGGGCUUCAGUCCCCAGGACUCACCCUGUCUGCUUGUCUGCCGGAUGCCUGGAGCCCCUCACCCCAGCACCAGCUAGUCUGUAGGAGGAGAACGUGUCCUUUUCACAAACACUCUCUACAGAGGCUGAGGCAAAAGAAAGAAAAAGAAGACGGGAGGGGAAUAAAAAGGAGGGAGAGAGAAACAAAACUAAUCCCAGCCCUUGACGGUGCUACUUGGAUUGGAUCUGGUUUGAGUUUUCUCCCUGCUGACUUGUGUAGCAAGAGAGGAGGAGUGGGGGGAAAUAAGUAACUGACUCUUCGUCUGAAGUUUGAGCAAACCUGCGGGGAGACUCCACUGGUGGGAAGCUUUCCUGGGUGCAAUUGCCUCAUAGUUUAUUGCUUCCAGUCACUAAAAAAUUUUCUGAACUUCUCAAGAAUCUGGAGGAAAAAGCCGUCACUUCACUUGAUCUGAGUGUUACUCAUUUCCUAUAGACUGUACUUUUUUUUUUAGGGGAUUCUUUUUCCUGUCUCUCCCAGGACAGCGGUUUCCUGAGCGUGUGGCAUUGAAAUCUAUUGAGUUGUUUUGUUAACAAACUUUGGGAGAAUUUUUUUUCUUUUAUCCCUCUGCUGUUUUUUAAAUCCUUUUUUGGUGGGGAGGGGAGAUGAUGCUGCUGAUGUGGAAUAAGUGCUCCUGCUGUCUCCUCUUACUAGCCGUGAUCCUGAUGGUGGAGAGCUCCCAGCUAGACAGCUCCAGCUCCAAGGUGAACUCCAUCAAGUCCACCCUGAUGGGGGAGGCUCCAACGCAGGCAACCAACAGAUCUGCAGGCAUCCACCAGGGACUGGCACUUGGGAGCAGUAAGAAGGGCAAAAUCCUAGGGCAGAUGGGAAAACCUCCAAAGCACCAUCAUCGGCAAGGAGAGGCAUACCCUUGCACUAAUGAUAAAGAAUGUGAAGUUGGGAGAUACUGCCAUAGUCCUCAUCAAGCUACUUCUGCCUGCAUGAUCUGCAGAAGGAAAAAGAAGCGUUGCCAUAGAGACGGCAUGUGCUGCCCUGGGAACCGCUGUAACAAUGGUAUUUGCAUACCAGUAACUGAAAGCAUCCUUACUCCACACAUCCCCGCUCUGGAAGGACCACGCAACAAGAAAAAUGGUCUUUAUUCUAGCAAGGACUUGGGAUGGCAGAAUCUAGGGAGACCACAGUCCAAGCUGUCACACAUAAAAGGGCAUGAAGGAGACCCCUGCUUACGAUCAUCAGACUGCAUUGAGGGGUACUGCUGUGCUCGCCAUUUCUGGACCAAAAUUUGCAAACCUGUGUUGCAUCAGGGAGAGGUGUGUACCAAACAGCGCAAGAAAGGCUCUCACGGCUUGGAGAUUUUCCAGCGAUGUGACUGUGCUAAAGGGCUGUCUUGCAAAGUAUGGAAAGAUGCCACUUAUUCUUCUAAAUCAAGACUUCAUGUAUGUCAGAAAAUCUGAAUGAGGAUUGGAAAAAUGUUACUAACAGACUGUGAAUUUGUGUAUUUGGAUUGCAGCGUGGUCGGAAAUGAGGAUUGUAAAUAAACACAGAAUGGUUAAAGUAAUGAUUGUGGUAGGAAUAGAAAUCACCCCAAACUGCAUUUGUUUUGAACAGGAGGUGAAUGCGAUGGCGGCUGGAGUUUUUCCAUUAUGCAACUUCUUUGUGUAAAUAAUUUCGACAGUUUGUGGAAAAUGCUAUUAUAAAAAAGCACAAUGGAAAUUAUUGACAUUUAUCAAGCUGCAUGGUCCCCUGACUUUUCAAGCGUUCAGUAUUAGGGGUGGGAUAGGUUUCCAUCAUGGUAAUAGACUGUUAAAUAAAUUGUAUACAGCAUGUUCCAACACAAAGCAGUGCUUUACAGGAAGACUUUUUCUGUCAACACAUUAUUGGCUACUAAAAUAUUAGCGAUAAAUCGCAGCUGUUAGAGAUGGGAAUAAAAGUUACUGUGAAUGUCCAUACACCUUGUUAAUCAGGGCUGUCACUUGAAAAAGGGAAGCACUCCUGCAGGGCAAGAGUGCUGGAUUUUGCAGGCCCCAGUGGGAGUGGCAAAAUCUCACCACACAGUGAUUUCAAAACACCAGUGGCAGUUCUUCUGAUCAGAGGCAUUUAAACAGGGUUUUUUUUUGUUUAAAAUAUAUAUAUAAUUCUAUAAAUAUUUAAACUGAAAUGCCUUAAUCGGUUCAUCAGUUACUAUAAUUAAUAGCUUGCAUUUGUCUCGGUAUACUGCUAGAAUACAUGGGCUGAGCAGAUAAAGCAAAAUAUGUGCAUGAUGCGUCCAGAAUGAUACCCAUUCAGUUGCUCGUAGACCUACUAAAUAUAGUUUUUUGUCAGAACAUGCUUGCAUUAUGGAUAGUUCCAUAAAGGUGAUAUUUUGAAAAGUUAUGAACAUCUGAAUAUGGAAGGUUAUAACAGAAAUUGUUUUGCAACCUUAACUAUAAGAGAUGCUACCUGCAUCUGCUACAAUUAGGUUGUAUGCUAAUAAAUUAAAAGUUUUAUACUAUAACAGUAACAAUAGGCUGUUAGUGUAAAUCUGGUUCUUCCAUGAUUUGGAGAAGCUAAAAUGGAUUGGAUUCACCUUGCACAGUCAGCAAAAAAAUUAAAAAGUUGACUUUUGCAAGCAUCUCAUCACCUCUCCUAAAGAACAGAUAGUGACAUGUGAUGCUAUCAUCUAUGACAUGCUGCGAGCCAUCAUGUGAUGUGACACAACAGGUCAGACUGAAAAGAGAACAGGUUCUGGUUGAAUGCAUGCUAAAAGUUUGGAUAUUGUUGUGAACAGUGGAUUCACAUUGACUACAGUGGGUAAAGAAAUCUGUUAACAUAACUACCCUGUUCGUGAACUGGCUAAAACGAAGGAUGUCCACCAUCUGACUUCUCUCUUAAUGUCUUUACACCUCCUCUUACUUUGCUUACUUAUUUUAAAGAAUGUUAUCUGUGUAAACGUAAGUAAAGAGACUGGAAUUUCUUUUUAAAACCUCUGAUUAUAUAAUUAACUUACUGAAAUAUCUGUUUCCACAUUUUAUAAGACAAUGGCUCUCCCCUUUGCUUAAUCAGUUCCAAACAGCUUGUGUACAGCAGAGUAGUUUACUUUAAUUGUGAAGACCAACUUUGGACUUUUCUCCCCGUCUCCCUUUAUGGCACCUUUCCCCACCCUUGCAUUUCUGCACCAGUGCCUUUUGUACAAAUAGUGGUUCAUAUACAUCUUCUGACUCAAACUUUCUUACUGGAAAUCAGAUCUGAACUAUGCUUCCUGUAUCUCUGAUAAGAAUCUAAAUUCCAACGUAUAUACCGGAUUAAAGAGAAUGAUUUAUAGGAUAAUAUUUUUCAUAUGCAAGCCAGUUUUUAUUGUUAUAAAGGGAAUGGUAUGUAGAGAUAGGCUCUCGUAUUCCUUAAAAAGUGAUGAUCCGAUUCCAAUCUCACUGUCACAAGUGCUGCAUUACUGCAACUCCAGUGACUUCAAUGGAAUUACUUCAGUGCAACUGAGAACAGAAAUAAAGUCUGGAAAGUGAAUCAUUUCAGCAGAACAACUGAAAUACAGAGGUCAAUUCUGAAACCCUUUCUUACGCCAUAACAGCACAUGCAUUAAAGAUCAGUCUCACUGACUUCAGUGUGUCUACUCGAUGUAAGUAGGGGGUUGCAGAAUUGGCCCCCCUAGUGAUUUGCAUCUUACAUCCUGACUUCUGCAUAACCUCCCCUUCUCCACACAAAACUUAGUAUUUGGAGUAAUUUAUUUACAGGAAAUUUUUAAUGAGAUGUAUUUUCUUAUAGAGAUAUUUCUUACAAAAAGCUUUGUAGCAGAAUAUAUGUGCUGCCUGAUGACUUUGUAAUUUAGAAAAAUAAUGUAUAAUAAGAUGAAAUAUAUUAAAUGUCCUUUUUCCCAAAAAUAUUUACCCACAUUCCUUGCCUGCUAUUUAAGUGUAGGUCUUCACUGAAUAGGGUGGAUUGGAAGAUGUACUCAGUAUUGCCAAAACAUCAUGAGUCGGGCCCCAAAAUAUGUAGACUGGCUUAAAAAUCAUUAGAUAUUUUUAAAAAUUGGGAUUCUUUUGAGUUGUCAGCUGGUUUCUGGAUUUAUAGGGUGCAUUUGUUUCAUAUUUUCAUAUUAUUUUACAGCACUAAGAGAGCCAGAAACUUUUUUUAAAGCUGAGGUUUUCAGGCAGACUCUUGACUGCUGGAGUUAAAAAAAAAAACACAAGAAAAAAAGCCUACCAAAUAUUAUGAAACUUUCAAUAAAAUCACAAGAGUUGGCAACACUGUAUACUACAGGCUGGAUGCUGAAGUCAAUAGGAGUUUUGCCAUUUACUUUAAUACACAUGCCUAAAGAACAAAAAAACAUUUAUUUUAGCUGCUCAUUCAAGAAGCAGAAAUUUCUACUUUUCAAUUAAUGGUAUCUGUUCACUAAUAUGUGGUGUAUAUGCAACUGAGAGGAGAAUUUGCCCCAUAAGCUAUCAAGAAUAACUCCUUUUUAAACAAAAAUAUCCCCAUCUGCAUGCGAAUAAUAUUCAGAGUCUAGGAAAUCAAAUAGAACAGCUGUUCAGAUACCCAAUGAUCACCGUGGUAAGAGAACACAGAUAGAAAAUAGCCAGAGAUUGUACUCAAACAAUAUAGCAUAUUGAUAUUAAUCACAGCAUGAUUAUUCUUGAAAACCUGUGAGGAAAAAAGUAGAGAAAACUGACAUUUACCAAGGAAACUUCUGUUUCAGCAAAAAAACCCAUUUUCCAUCAAAAAUUUUUGUUGGAUAUUUUUUUUUAACCAGCUGUAGUCAGUAGAUGAGGCUGGGAGAAGGGAAAAAAAAUUCCUCAACAGUUUUGCUCUUUCUGUUAAUGGCCAUUGUCAGAGUUGCUGAGCAGCGGCAUAUUUCCUCUCAUCCUCCUAGUGCCCUCUCACUGCUCUGCCAGUCAGUGGCUUACCUGCUCAGUGCAGCAUAGUAGGAGAUGAGAGAGGCAUAGGAAGUGAUUGAAGGAAGGAGGGACAGGACCGAGGUGAUCAGAUGCUUGGAGUAUGGAUUCCGCUGCUGACACUCCCUACACAAAGGCCUAAGGACAGGGGAGAAAGGGAGCUGCUCCUGUUGCAAGGAAUGUGCAGAAGAGAAUCUGCUGCAUGAGAUCCCUGCAGAUUACCCGUAAGGGUUUACAAUACAAGAAGAAUGGAGUGGGAUGGAAGUAAAGCCUAGAGCGGGGAACUAGGAUUUUCUGGGUGGGAGGCACAAACUAGGAAAAAUUCUUUUAAAAAAUGACAAGUCAACUCUGCCCCCGGCCAUUUCCCCCGGGUGUUGCUUUCUUGCCUCGUCAAACCUCCGUGUUUCUACAGGUUGUGGAUGUGUCAAAACUUUUCAGAAAAACACUCAGUUUGAGCAGAGUUAGCAUAGACAACAGCCUGUUGGUGGCCUAGGAUUCCCAGUCCACCUCCUUUUGCUGAAAGGCAGCUGCAAAGGAAGGAAGAGAAGAAAGCAGGAGGUGACUGCUGCUGCGCUGCAGAACUCCAUCUGUUCCCUUAGCUAUUACUCUGAGCACCACUGCUGUGACUGACCCUGAUGGAUCUGCAACAUAGAGUGGAUCUCAUUGGAAACUUGUUUAUGCUGGCAGUUCUGUGUUAUUUUUGGAGCUGCUAUUGUUAUUGCACAAGUGUCAAUGACUUAUUUACAAAUGUCUGGUACAAAAAAAGUCUUUGUUUUGUACAGUACCAGCUUGCUCUAUGACUGUUUCGAAGUAGUUUGGUGCAUGAUGCAUUUCCUAAAGUGGAGGAAUGAAUCUUCAUGUAGAAAUUAACAUUUUUAAAUAUACCAAGAUCAUUUUUAAAGAAAAAGACAAUUUAGAAA